AUGCGGCCACAACGGGAAUACCAUAUCGUGGUGUUGGGAGCGGGGGGUGUGGGUAAAAGUUGCUUGACUGCGCAAUUCGUUCAAAACGUGUGGAUCGAGAGUUACGACCCGACCAUCGAGGACUCAUAUCGCAAGCAGAUCGAAGUCGACGGUCGACAAUGCAUACUGGAAAUUCUGGACACCGCCGGGACAGAGCAAUUCACGGCGAUGAGAGAAUUGUACAUGAAACAAGGCCAGGGCUUCCUGCUGGUCUUUUCCAUCACCAGCAUGUCCUCCUUGAACGAACUGUCCGAACUUCGGGAGCAGAUCAUUCGCAUCAAGGAUGACGAAAAGGUCCCCAUCGUGAUCGUUGGAAACAAAUCGGACCUCGAAGAAGAUCGUGCGGUGCCUCGUGCGCGCGCCUUUGGUCUGUCCCAGACCUGGGGCAAUGCCCCCUACUACGAGACUUCUGCUCGGCGCCGCGCCAAUGUGAACGAGGUUUUUGUCGACCUAUGUCGGCAGAUCAUCCGCAAAGAUCUUCAGGGGCCUACCGGAAACGUUGACCCAAGUCGCAAGCGCGACGGGCCCAGCAGGGCAGAACGCAAGAGAGAAAAGGGAUCCAGUGGCCGUCGGCGAUCCCCAUGCGUCAUUCUGUGA